AUGGCCAUUAAAGGGAGAUAUAGAGGAAGAAACUGUUGUGGAAAAGCGGAGCAGCCAGUAAUGAUCGGUGGUGAUAUUGAGUAUUUAACUUCUAUACAAUUGGAAGAAUGGCUUCAGGAAGAAACACCUCAAGUCAAUUUUAUAACUGGUCCAAAUGCCGAGAAUUUAAGUUCUCUGCUCGAAUUAUACGAAUUUUUGGAUCUUACUCUGAAUAAUGUAAUUAAUUCCAUUACCGAGCCUCAAUCCACCGAAUCUCAAGUCACUAUUACCACUAUUACCGAACUUCAAACCAUCAAACCUCAACCUACAAUUACUGAGCCUCAAUUCACCGAAUCAGUCGCUAUUACUGAACUUCAAACCAUCGAACCUCAACCUACAAUUACUAAGCCUCAAUCCACCAAAUCUCAAAUUACUACUCGCUGA